AUGAGACCGGUCAUCUUUCUAGUCUUAGCAUUUACUUCGGUUUAUGCUGUGUCUCUGAACACUUUUUGGGACGAAAGCGACACGAAACGACUGUCGAAAGUUCUAGAGAACGUGCUGGAAACAAGGCAAGACAACAUUGCUGCCCUUCACUUCGCCGCUAGUGGGCUGAAACUUCUCAAUGUCGCUCCAUCGGCAGCUACUGCCAAGGCAGUUUGUGAAAUCGCAAGGAAAGCAGACCUGACAAAUCUUGAAGUACUUUACCAUGCUUCUGCCCUUUCCGGUGACCUCACAGAUUGUGCCUUAACUAGUAUUGCUGGCGCACAGAAAACAAUCGAGGAUGUGCUGACGGCGCCUAACCCUAGUGGAGAGCGGAUCACUCAAGCACUACGUAGCGCUGAUCGCUUAGGCAUCAAGGUAGAUAAAGCUGCUUUCGACAAACUUCUCACGACCGCAAUGAAAGAUGAUUCCCCUAGCAACCUCGCUUGGGUCUUUAAUGCGGCAGCCUUGUUGGACAAAGCACAAGGAGCUAAGUAUUUUGACAAGAUCAAGAAUCUUGUAUCCCAAGCCGAUGAGGUUGGGAAGCGCUUCUUGCAAUUUGAUGGUGGUCUGACGACUACUUCCAACGCUAUUCAUGGAAUUAUGUCAUUAGCCGAACAACAAGGAAAGGUUCCAGCUGUUACUAAAGAUCAACUGUUGCUUUUCACCAAUUACCUCCUAUCUCGAAAACAUGUGGCCACUGAGAAGUCUGCAUUCCAUUUGCUCAAAGCUCUUGGAGUCCUUGUGAAUAAUCAUCAACUUGUGCCGGUCGUUGCAUCUCUGAGAGGAUCCGUCAUGUUCAGUCGCGUGAAGCCUAUCGUCAUCGCUGUUUGCAAUGUGUUCGGAUUACCAGUUGCUGUAUCGGACGUCCGUGUUGAUAUCAUACCACAGGGACAAACAACACCUGUCAUGGGAAACUUACGGCUUACACAAUCUCAAGCAGCACCAAGGCUGUAUUCGUUCAUGCCUGAUAAGAUGCCGGAUGCACCUGGUUUUUACAAUCUUGCAGUGAAGGUUGAAUCUUCGGAUAAGCGUCUCGUUGGUUUGACCAGUUCAAGUGUUCUUGUGAAACAGUCGGAUGAUGUGAAAGUAGAUGACCUGAAAGUGGGGGCACUCGAAAGAGACGAUAUCGUCAGUGGCGCAAAUCUUGCCAGUGUUGCACAGUUCUCAAAGCAUGCGAAGGUCAUUUCGGCAGACCACACCAAGCGAUUGUACAUCUCGUUCUCUGUCAAGCGCAAGCUGUCAGGAACAUUGAUCCAGCCUCAUCAGGUAUUCGUGCUGUUCAAACAUGCGAAUGGUGCCGAGGUCUUUUACACAGCUGACGUGCAGACUGGUGGAACAUACCUUGUUGAUAUAAAUCUUGCCAAAGCACACAAAGAUUUCGAAGGUAUUUCUGGACGCUAUACUGCGUACCUCAUCAUUGGGGAUGCAACCAUACGAAAUCCAUUGAACUGGGCUUUCGCGGAAUUAAUGCUCACUAUUCCACCUGCACCUGUCGAAGUUGUUCCAAAAUCUCAGCGUAUCAACUACGAUGUGUUGCCGGAAAUUAAGCAUGUCUUCCGUCAGCCUGAAAAGAGGCCGCCCACCAUCGUCUCAGACACUUUCACUCUGAUCUGUUUGGCUCCUUUGUUGCUCCUGCUAGUACUGUGGUUCCGUAUUGGACUCAAUUUUGGCAAUAUGCCGCUUAGUUUGUGGACGCUUAUUUUCCAUGGAAGUCUUGCUGCGCUGUUCGCCUUGUACUUCGUUUUCUGGCUUCAGCUCAACAUGUUUGAGACGUUGAAGUAUUUAGCCGUGGUUGGUAGACUGAACAUACUUGGCCGGAUGUCCUUGACAAAAAACCUGAAAAGCCUGACUUCUGUUGGACCUCGUGCAGUCAUCACUUGGGACAAGGCCGAGAGAAUACGCCGUAAUGAGGAGAUCUGGGCUAAUCCUGACUCCAUAGUUCAUCGUCUGCCGGAACACUACUGUAAGCGUUACUGGGAUAAUUUAUUGCGCGAUGCUACUCCUGUGCACUACCGGCCACCUACUUCUCGCCUGUACUGGGAUCCUGUACGAAAGGUGGAAGUGGAGGCGGAAAACUUCCCUUUGCUAGUUAUUUAUCCACCUGAAGCCGAUCAGGGAUUAUGGGGAGGUGAAGGUGUUGUGAAAGGAUGGAGGGAGUCACGUCCAUACACCAAAAAGAAGGUUCUGCCUAGACAUUGGAUACCUCGGCUUUAUUUCCCUGCUCUCAAGAGACAAAUCCUUUAUUCGGAAAUUCUCAAUAAACAUAUGGAGGUAACUGUUACGGAGCGAACUCUUCGUCUGAUCGAACAGAACUUUGGCCUUGAUUACUACAUACUGCGCACUGCAGAGAUUGAUCUCGCUUCGAAGUUAAAACGAGAAAUGCUGCUAACUCUUGCGAAAGAAACCUAUUAUCCAGAGGAUGAAGAACGUCACAAUUACAUCAAAGAAAAGUACGCGGAAUUCGUGAUUCCUGUCGAAGAAGCAGACUGGGUGGGAUUGGACCUGAACGAAGCAGCCCGCAAACAACAGGAAAUUGAAGAGCAGCGUGUCCCUGAGCCUAUGAAAUUCAAGUUCGAACGAGAACUAGUAGCUCGACUACAGGCUGGCACAGAUUUGAUUGCGAAUGAAGAAGAGUUCGCACCGAAGACUGAAGAAAGUAAAUUCGGUGAACGCCUUCUUGGAAAGUAUCUCAAUCCAGUAGCUAGACGAUUCAAGCGGUAG